AUGUCCGACGCAUCGGCUCCGGCACCAUCACAGCGGGUGGUCGCGCGCCCCGUCAGCGAGGCGCUGCUGAAUGAGAAGUGGGACCACUGCCUGUCCAACCUGGUGAUCAAGUCGGGCCUCGGCCUGGGUUUCGGCGUGGUGUUCUCGGUGCUGCUGUUCAAGCGGCGAGCGUGGCCGGCCGUCGUGGGCCUCGGCUUUGGCGCGGGUCGGGCGUACGAGGAGUGCAACUGGACGCUGAAGCAGGCGGCCAAGGACAUCCGGACGCAGGCGUAA